GGUGCGAACCGCAUUCACUCAUUCAUGGAAUGUCUCCCCGCUUCACAUAGUACACAGCACAGCCACAUCGAUCCGUAUAUGUAGCAAAGAUCCGUCCGUGCAGCCACCCAUACAAAUGGUCUCUGCCGACACACGGCACGACAUCUCCUCGAUGCAUGCAUACCGCCCGCCGUCACACACGCAGGCAGCCACGGAACGUUACAAAUCUCACUCACGCGGCCAUCCAUCCAUAGACAGGCUGAGAAAAAGACCGUUGCCCAGCAAAUGACUAAUUAGCCCCCCUCCCGUCUCCCUCUCUGCCUGCCAUGAGUCUCCGGACUGUCGACAUGCAGCACGUUACAUGUCUUCGGGCAGGUCUUGUCGGGAGUGGAAGAGGUUUGAGGGGAUGUUGCCCGUCAAGGGGGGCAGCGGCGUGAGCGGCUGCACGCCCAGCUGCGUCUCGAGCUUGCGGAUCUUGAUGACCAGCUCGCGAUCCGUCGGCUCCAAACUGUGCAGCCUGAUCAGAGACGUGGGACGUCAAGCCAUCGCAGGUGUAGGCCGAUGGCUGCGCACUGACCUUCUGCAAUAGUCGAGAGCCUCCUCGGGGCAUCCCAGCUUCUCAGACAGGUCAGCCAGCAUGUUCAGCCCACCCUGAGACAGCAGACACAUCACACACAUCAGACACAUCCGCCGUUCGUGAGUGUGGUUCCUUCUUCCCCGCCCACCGACGGACCCUGUUGUCAGGCUGGAGCCGCAGUACUUGUUCGAACAUGUGGUGCGCCUCCUGGAACUUGUUGUGCUUCUUCUUGACCACACCCAUGCCGAACAACGCCCCAACGCUAUGCGGGUCGCGCUCGUGCGCUAUCUGGAAACAAUCUGAACGACAGACAAACAGAUACGUCCGGGCACUUGACGCGUUGGUGCCGGUGUGUGUGGAUGUGUGUGUGGUGUUGGUGCCCGGCUGACCGAGAGCUUCGUUGUCUUGGUUCAUCUUCUGGUGAGUGCCGCCCCUUUUGUACCAGUGGGCGUAGGACGAGGGGUCGUGGUCACACGCCUCGCGGAAGAACAACAGCGCCUGAUCGAUCAGACGGGCAGACAGAGAUGGAUGAUGCCAUCCUACGUGAAGCGUGAGAGCGCUGCGCACCUUCUCGUUGACAUCCCUGUCGUCGUGUAGGUUGUUCUCCAGCGUCACCUCGCCAAUCUCAUGACACACCUCAGCCAACUUCUGCACACACACACAGACGUACACACGCGCCUCGCACCACUCUCACUGUCCCCUGCCCACCCACUCACCAGCUCAAUCUCCUUCCUCUUAGCCUCAUUGUGCUCGACACUGUCGGUGGACACCACGUGGCUGCCCUGGGCCAGGUACUUGAGGUUCUCGAGCAUCAUCUCGCGGCACUUGCCGUAGGCGUGGAGGGCCAGGGGGAAAUCGGACGGCCGCCCCUCCUCCAACAUGCGCUGGCGGUAGAACCGGGCACGGCUCAGCGCCUCCUCGGGCGUCUCUGUUCACACACACACACACACAGAGAGAGAGAGAGAGAGGUAUUGAUGUGCUCUGUGCGUGGGUUUGGUGAAGACGAGCACGGCGUACCGUAGUCUUGAAACGUGAGUGGGUGCCUGCAGCACCUGGUUAUCGACUGGCAGCCGCCCCCAUUGGUGACGUACACAACUGCAAGACGCACACACACACACACACCCCCAUGGGCAAUCAACCACAGCAGAGUGUGACGUGCGCCGCGUACUGUCUGCGGCUCCAGCGCUGUCAUUGAAUUGCGGCGUCCGUAUCUGGGCUGACUCGGGCGGGUAGAGACAGCCCUCGCCACGUGACUGCAGAGAGAUGCAACACACACACACACAACAGAGACCAGGGAGAGACAAUGACAACCACGAUUUGCUGUCAUCUUUGCUGCGUCUGCACUGUACUCAGCUGGGCUGGCUACAGGACCGGCUGACUCAGAGCUCUUCUGCUGUUCUGUUCUUUCUGUUCUUCUCUAUGUGACCUGUGCGUCUGGCUCAGCUACUGGAGUUGAACAGUUGCAGAAUACCAUUUCAUUCCCCAUCCUUUGUCCUUUGUCGGCCACAGCAACAGAGGCUCUUUCGUUUUCAC